AUGAAGUGCCCCUGGAAGCAUUCACCCACACAAAGACAUAGGUCUCCCACUGGGGGCCACGGGCGUGUGAAGCUAAUUCUUACGGGGGACGGACUCAACAAUGGAACGGCACCUGGCAGCAGAAGAGUGCGCUCUAGUACUCCCCUGGCGCCAGCAGAUCCAGAGCAGAAGCAUACAGGCAUUUCCCAGUGGCAGAAUCGAUCCAGCAGCAUCACGUCUCUUCCUACUUCGCAACGCGGCGCGCCGAGUGUUGAAACGCCGAAGCCGUCGAGCUGCACUGAACACUUUCGAUUGGACGGUACGAAAUCCAGACCAACCAUCGCUUCUCUAGCAAAUCCUAAGGGAGGACCCGGGUUACUUGCAAAACACGAUGGAUCGGUUGGACUUGAGGCGCCCCGAAAGGGGUCUGCAAAGCUGGGACCUGCUGCAGUCGACAGCCAAGAACCCGCGGAGCCUGUGAACAGCGAUGAGCCAGUUGCAACAGUAUCAGUUUGCACAGAUUUUGUCUUGAGGCCGCCUUGGGCUGCAGUUCAUAUAGGCUCCCAUGAUCUAUCGUUGUGCCCCCCUCAACUCAAGCGUAUGAUUCCUGCUUCACGUGGUGCAGCUGCGUUUUUUAUGGGAACCCCCCAGCGCUCGCAGCAUCAAGGGUCGUCUUCGGCUUCACGCAUUGCCGUUGUACCUCGAAGGCGCACGUUCACUACCUUCCACGAAUGGCUGGCCGAAGAUCACCGGCAUUCGCGCAAGACGUGGGGACCGAGCGGGCAAUAUCCGGCUCGCCGUGGCCUGAGCCACAGCGCCACAACAGAACGCUCUCGUAUCCUGCUCUCUGCCGCAGCUACGCAGAGAAGCGUCGCGGAAAGUAGAGCGCGCCAUGCUGUUGAGGCUGAAGUCAGAGAACUCAGCACAAAUCAAACUCCCCAGCAGCAACAAGAAGCAUAUGUGAAGGCCCAACAAAAGGCACUAGCCCUCCAACGACAGGAGCAGCCAAGUGUCGACGAGGCAGUAGCAAAAGAAGAGGCACGAGCCGCUGCUGCCGCUGCCGCUGCGGCUGCUGCCUCUGCUGCAAUAGCCCAAGCUCAGUGGCCCUCACGCCAUAAGCUUCGCCGGCAGGAGCUUGAACAGAUGCACCGCCAAGAGGCAAAGGAAAAGCAGUGCUCAGCAUCGCGCUCAGUUCGCACAAGGCAGCAGCCGGCAUCAGGGUUGCGCACCCGAUUCAGGUCGAGGCGUACCGAUACUACAGCUCAAGAUGCACGCAACCAGAAGUCAGUCAAGACCAUGGAAGGAUGUCGACUUUCAUUUGACCCGGGUCUACCCGCUACAGCACUCGUUGGUAGAGAACCAAAAAUUGCACAUGCUGAUAGGAAGUUGCCAACUAGACCACCGUCUAAAUGUCCUUGGCCUACUAAACCUCGGCGGCCGGGCCUGCCUUCAAAGAAGAGGCCAAAACAGUUGUCCUCUGAGGAACGGUUACGGGGAAGCCCCACGCGGGGCAAUGUGAAUAUAGGGAGUAAUAUGGACUACUUGCUGGACGGAACCUCACAAGCUUCCGGUGACGAGGUUGAUACGCAGCCAUUCAAUCCGCUAGAAGAGGUGUUAGUGCUAUUACGCAAGCUCAAGAGAGCUGAAAACUACUCAUUCAAAGUGCCCCGAAAUAAGCGAAGUGCGCAGAAUACCAAUAGGAACAAUGGACAGAAACAACCAGGAGUCCAGGCAUUCUCAGCAGUUGCCGAAAGCGUGUGUAGCAACAUAAAGACCAGCGAUCUCAGUGGCAAGGUUCUGACUGCUAUAGGGCCUUCUGAACCUGAAGGCGAGCCCAGCUACGAUCAUCAACACUGUGAAGGAAAUCCCUCGCAGUAUGCUUUGUUGAGACUGAAGUACCUCCCGCUGGAAGCUUUUGACAUCCCCGAAGAAUACGGCGAAGCAUCACCUGAAGCCUUAUUGCAGCGCUGCCGCAUCGAAUGCCAGCAGCGCCGUCAUAAAAUGAGGUUGCACAGCCAGGGGUCUUCAAAGCAAGCCGGUUGCUUGCAGUCUAGUUUUUCUGACGUCGUCAACCAGACCUGCGAUGCUGCUGCCUACACUGUGCCAGAGGCACUCCACGCCUACGACUGUGCUCCUAGUGGCGAUGCAGCAGGACUGGGGCGGCUACGUCAGGAAGACGCAGUAAUGGCUUGUGCAACUCAGAAACCUACCACGCACACUGAAGCUGAAUCAGUAAGGCAAGACACUGAUAUACAGUGUGCAUCGUCGCACACCUCAGACGUACCGGAGGGACACCAACAGGUUGUGCCGGCAGAUGGGGAUACCAUAAGGGAUAGGACGAAGAAGGACGGAGCUCAACAUGCCAACGAUAACAAAGAAGAGAAGGCAGAAAGUUUUGUGGAAGAGAACACCGAGGGAGAAGCUGAGGCGGAAGUUUUGCAUUUUGUGGGUAACAGCUGGACUCACAUCCCUUGUGUCAUACUUCGUUACGAUCACGAGCAAAGAAGAUUCGAAGUGAAGCUCCGAGAUGGAACGCUGAAGGCUGUCAGGCGGCUGGCUCUUCGCUUUUGUUUCGAGCCUCCUGAGCUCCAGCAACAACGAAUAGAGACGUGCACAAGCAGGCGACGGCAAGCGAUGACUCGCCAGCACUUCCUUAACUCGGUCAAUGGUCUACCAUCCUCUGCCUUUUCCCCACUACCUCAAGGAUUUAUUAACUGUAUCAUCAAAACAGCUACUGGAAUUGGAAAACUACGGAAUCGCUGCGUGCUUAUGGAUUCUGUCCGUUCAGCAGUGCAGCUCCUCAGAAGUCGCUUCCUUGAGGCAUCAAAGCUUAGCGCUGUGCUCUACUGUGCUGAACGUUUGAGGGUAGCUGGGAAGCUUGAGUCGCGUCUAGUGAGCUACCCUCCUGUGCAGAAACAACACCCGCAACUGCAGGUGAAUGAAGGUCAGGAGGGAGAAGAGGGCAAAGAACAUGAGCCUCUACUGCAGGUCAUCCAGCCGAUGCUCUCGACGCCUCCGCCGUCCUUUGGUAGGCUAUACAUUGGUGUUGGGGGUGCAUUUGAAGCUGCAGUGGCGCCGCUACGCAAAAAGCCCCUAUUUGCCAACAACAAGACAUUCAGACUGAGUUUGCUGUUGGAGGGGACAUUUUGCGACUUGCGGGGGUUGAGCUUCUUUGACCUACCAAUCCGAAGGCUGCAUCGCAUCAGUUUUGCCCGGAUAUUCAAGAAGUCUGCAAGUCUAAAGCUUGCCGAGUGGACAAUUCCGGAUCCAGAUCAGUACCUUAUAUACCAGCAGGCGUUGUCGUCCGACGUGGCUGAUGCACUUCGCGAGCUCGCAAGAGACUCCCUAUGCCACGCCCUUAUCAACGCAUUUGGUCCUUUGCAUACAGCAGCAUCAGCUACGCCGUAUGCAAAUGCUAACGUUCCAGGGGUUGCCGGUUCAGCAGCUACAUCUCCUUCCAUGUCAAACACCUUGUCAACAACACUUCCAGAUGUGUUCCUACGCCGCCAGCUUAUUCGGUUCAACGCGAUGCUACGGAGCAACCUGUUGUCAUUCGUCAUUGACUCAGCAAAUGAGUGGAAACACUACAUGCAGAGAGCCGUGCAGGAAGAUCUUGACCCCGACAUCCAAAAGGGAGCGGCGGCACAACGUGACGCUGCUGUUGUGGCUGGCUUCUCUUUGAAAGGAAACGUUCCCUGCCUUCUGCAAUUGCACAUAGUCAUCUACAACGACUCAGCCAUAUUCCACCCUGGCGCAGAAAAGCAAGUUGACAGAACUAGCACCCCCUACUUUGUUAUGGUGGAAGCGAUUCUCCGUCAAGCGCUCUUGACAAUGGUGGAUGCAGUCUCUACAAUCAGCAAGCUCGAUGCUGACAUAGUGCCGUUCAGUGCCUCUUCAGAUGAGCCAUUGUUGCGCCUUUCCCUCGAGGAGCCCUUCUUAGCCGAUGCUGAGAAAGCAAUGGUUUCUGCAGUACAGGCUUCCUUUGAAGUGGCAGAAGGACUUCGUCAGCAGCUUGAGGAGGUGGCUGCAGGUCUCUGCGCUGCUGCAGCACUGCCCGUUGAUGCAAAUGGAGCAGUAGAUUUGCAAAACCUACAGUCCGUUCUGCAACAAUAUAAGGAGGCAGAAGAUAGGCUAAGAACGUUAUUUCCUCGUAUUGCAGCAAGGAUCUUUUUUGUGGACGGCGAGAAGGCCAGAGCAAUGCUACGCUUCAAAGUACAACGCCUCAAAGACCAAAUGUGCAACCAGGCCUUGGCAUGGGCAGAGAGCGAAAUUGGCUCUCUCCACGAGGCGUGGGCUGAGGCAUUACAGAAGGCGUCAAUGGUGCCGACGAGCGAACAAGAGUUGAUUGAACUGAAGAAAUACCUUGCCGUAGUUCACCAGGAGACAGCCCCUUUGAUUUUGAGAGGUCAAAGACUCUCUAAUCUCAUAGAAAUCCUUGAAGGGCACUUUGUAUUUGCUCCCCUUAAGGUGCAAAAGCAGGCUUUUGAACUCGAUUGCUGUCCGAUGAGGCUCAAGAUGGUUCUUUGUGAAACAAAUGGUAUCCUAGAUCUAGCAAAGGAAAGGCUAGAAGCAAGGAGGCAAGUGAGCGCUCAGCACUUGCAACUGGAGACUGACGCGUUGCGUAUUGAUGUGGACAAAGCAGCUAACACAUUUAAGCAAAUAGAGGAGUCCUCGACUUACUUGCCAGUUCUGGAGAAAUUGAGUCAGCGCGUUCACGCCGCUCGAUUGGAAGUCGAGAACUUACGCAAAGCGGAAGCACUCUUUGGGCUUGAGGCGUCGGAAUUUGAAGAACUUGAAGGCGUCUGCUCUGUCUUCGACAGACUAAAUGAGGUAUGUUACACGCUCUGGACUGCCGCGAGUAGUUUUGUACGGAGUCGAGAAGAAUGGCAUGCCACUUCUUUAGCCCAUGUGGACUGUGAGGAAGUGGAAGAACACCUGCAGCAGUGGCGACAGGUGGCCUCCUCUACGCGAAGGAUGGCGGGCGCUUUCCGAUCUGUCGAGCCUCUGCAGGCAUGUGACAAGCUGCUUCAAGCUAUUGCCUCCUUCCAGAAGUUGCUUCCCCUGAUGAAAACUGUGACGCAUCCAUCAUUUCAGGCAAAGCACUGGCAGGAGCUGGCUGCCAGACUGAAUGUCGACACAUGUGGAGAGGAGGACGCCAUAUCUCUCAAUACCCUCCUCCAAAAAGGGUUGUCGAAGGCCACACAAGAAGUCGAAGCCAUUGGUUCUACGGCUCUGAGGGAGUUCCGCAUAAAAGCGUGCUUUCAGAAGAUGAGGGGCGCCUGGCGAGCACUGAGAAUGGACUUAGUUCCACUUGGAAGUGAGGACUCCGGCCGGAAAAUGCUUAAAGGCUUUGACGCAGUCAGCUCGUUGGUAGAAGAGCAUCAAGCCAGUGUGCAAAGUUUGCAAGCUUCGCAGCUUGUCGGUGGAGUAGAGGUGCAGGCACGUGAAUGGCUUCGAAAAUUAGGCGACCUUGAAACCUUAUGCAACCUUUUGGAGGCUUGCCAGGUGUCGUGGGUGUACUUGGUGCCAAUUUUCGACUACCCGGAAAUGCAGCAGCAACUUGCUAAGGAAGCCCAACUACUCAAAGCUGUGGGCGACCUGUGGAAGGAAGAAGUCAUUGGGCGGCUUGACGAGAAUGCAAGCCUCCUAGAUCUGGCGGAGCUUGAGGAACUACCCCAAAAGCUUCGUUCAGCUUGCAGUGAUAUGCAGUUAGUUGUGAGGGGUCUAAACGAUUUCUUGGAAAAGAAGCGCCUCGCCUUCCCUCGGUUUUUCUUUUUGUCCAACGAAGAGCUUGUACAGCUUUUAUCAGGCGCCAGCAAUGCCGAAGCGCUUGUACCACACGUCCAAAAGUGUUUUGAGGGCAUCCGCUCCUUGAACUUUGAUGAGAGCUCUAAGGAGGCGAACACUGUAUUUUCACACAGAGAAGAAGCUCUGCCUCUCCUGACACCAGUUCGGCUUGUAAAAGACGGACAAUCGGCUUGUAUUGAAGACGUAUUUUUGUCCAUCGAGCGCGAAAUGUGCGCCGCUCUCCAGCAGGCAAUGCAAAAAGCAUGGGAGGAGUUCCCUUCAGCUCCAACCCGGCUGGCGUGGACAACGGAAACAUGCGCAUGCGCUCAAGCUGCUCUAGCGAUAGCGCACUGCUGUUGGACUGCCCAGGUGGAGACGGCAAUCCUUCAGCACCAGCUGCCGCAGCUAGUCAAGGACCUGCAACACCAGCUACAGCAGGUAGUCCAGGCGGUCAGAGGGCAGUUAAGUCCUAUGGCCCGCUCGGCGCUAGCAACCUUGUUGACACUAGAUGUGCACUGCCGUGAUGUGACGGAGGAGUUGAUGGAGAAGAAAACGGGCCACAUAACACAGUUUGAAUGGAUAUGUCACCUUCGAAGCUACUGGACACCCGCCGCACAUCGCUUGGGUGGAGGAGGUGGUUCUGCAGGAUUUCUUGUGGGGGGAAGAGGACCCAAUAGCGGAGGAAAUCGUGGGAACUGCGGAAGCCUGCAGCUUUCUAUGGUAGAGAGUUCUCUAUACUAUGGCUUUGAAUUGUUGCGUAGCCCAGACCGUCUGGUGGUAACACCGCUUACAGACCGCUGUUACCGUACACUAAUGACGGCAUUGCACUUCCAAUAUGGAGGAGCACCCGAGGGUCCGGCGGGAACAGGGAAGACGGAGACCACUAAAGACCUCGCAAAGGCUGCAGGGAAGCCCUGUCUUGUUUUCAACUGCAGCGAGGGCCUAGAUGCCGCAGCGAUGGCGGCGUUGUUGAAAGGCCUGGCAGCAAGUGGCGGCUGGUGUUGUUUUGAUGAAUUUAAUAGGCUGCAGCUGGACGUCCUGUCUAUAGUUGCACUGCAAAUAUCCGCUAUCCAACAAGCAAUCAGAAGAAAGGCCAUAACUUUUGUCUUUGAAGACACGGACCUUCAGCUUAAUCCAACUUGCGCAAUCAACAUCACCAUGAACCCUGGAUAUGCUGGACGUUCAAUCCUGCCAGAUACACUGAAGGCGCUAUUUCGGCCUUGCACCAUGAUGGUCCCUGAUGCCGCAUUGAUUGCCGAAGUGAUGCUGUACUGCAGUGGUUUUCAAAAUGCUUUCCAGCUUUCAAAGAAGAUGGUCACAUGUCUCCAGCUUGCAUCAGAGCAGCUUGCGCGACGCGGCCACUAUGAUUUUGGAAUGCGAGCCGCUGUGGCAGUCUUAAAUACAGCCAAGCAUAUAUUCCUUCAGCAGCUUAACCCUUUAGCAGAGCCUGUUCCUAGCCCAUCAAAAAGCGACAGUUUUAAGUGCGAAGAAGAGGCAACGCGCCUUGAAGCAAUGACAGUCUGCAAGGCCUUGCGACUAACAAAUAUCCCGAAGCUCCACCCCACAGACAAGCUAAUAUUCGAGGAAAUACUGAAGGACGUUUUUGAUGAAAGUGAUCUGGCGGCAGCCGAUUCGGAGCAGUCGCUAAGACCAUUUUUGAAGGAAGCAGCAGAGAAAUUAUUGCUCGAGCCAUCAGAGGAGCUCCUUACAACGAGCUUGCAGGUUCUAAAUACGCUGGAGCACCGUCACGGGCUGAUGCUCGUCGGUUCAUCGGCAACUGGAAAGACUUCGGCAGUGAAAUGCCUUGUACUUGCCCUCGAACUACAGCAAGCAGCAGAUGCUCUGACAGCAGGGGUUGCUUCACCCCUGACAGGGGAGAAAAACGAUGAUGGAAGUGAGCGAGUCCUUGGUAAUGGCAUCGGCAGCGUUCCCGUGAAUGCACACUGCACGGAAGGUAGUGCUAGGCAGAGUCACAGCAGCCGCCCAAUCAGCAGCAGCAUUGAAGGCGACAGAGGAUGCAAGACCCCCAGAGCUAGAUGCAUAGCUCAUCGGAUUUUCCCCAAGGCCCUCGGAGUCGAGGAGCUAUACGGCUCCCUUGAUCCCACCACACGCGAGUGGAGAAGCGGCGCUUUAGAGCAAGCAGUUCGGGAGGCCUCACAAGAACAGGACAGUAACGUUCGCCGCUGGAUUAUUCUAGAUGGUCCAGUGGAUGUUGGCUGGGUUGAAAAUCUAAAUACAGUGCUUGACGACAACAAGAAACUGUGCCUGAGUAGCGGAGAGGUUGUACUGCUGUCGCCGCAGACGGCGCUCCUCUUCGAAGUGACUGAUUUACGCUGCGCCUCGCCUGCAACAGUUUCUCGUUGUGGGAUGGUGUACAUUCACCAGGAUAUGCAUCAGUGGAAGAGUGUCCUGCAUUCUUGGAGCCUUUACUCGCCUACCGCAAGGCUUCUUGGCGACGCAGUUGUAAAAGACGUUACGCAGACUAUGCGCGAGUGCUGCACCAUCUGCAUUGCCUUUCUUUCCAAGUGCAACGGAGGUUCCUUGAACAUUUCGCCUAGUUGGGUUAUCCUGAAUGUGCUACGGCUCUUUGACGCCCUUGUUGCCCAAAUUGUGGAGCCAGCGCAGCGAGGCGAAGGCACGGUGGCCGACCUGCUUGAGCAGUCACUGGAGGGCGCAUUGGUGUUUGCCUUGUUAUGGGGCACUGGUGGUACUCUGUCCGUCUCUGAACGGCCUGCCUUCGACGUGGCUUUCCGCAAUCUGCAUAGUGGUCGUUUUGAUAUUUUGGAACAAAUGGGUCUCAUGAGUGGUUGGAACGCCUGCGGCAAACAGGACGUGGACCAAACAUCGAACCAGAAACAAACUCGGAGAUUUAAUCAUCAUCUCCCUCCAACGGGAAGCUGUUUUGACGUAUUCUGGGACGUCCAGCAGAGGAAAUGGCAUCCUUGGGCAUCUCUUCCCAUGCUCCCUGAUGUGCGGAAGGGUGCCACCAUGACAUCAGCCGCACUGCAGCAAGUUCUCAUAGAAACUCCGGAAACAGCUCUCCUUAAUUAUUUCUUAGGCCUUAUGGCUGCUCCCGGUAGAGCUCCCUUUCUUUUAAUUGGGGAGCCUGGUGGCGGGAAGAGCAAGUGUAUGGCCCAAAUGCUGCAAGGGAUGGCCAUGGAGAGCCAGCAAAAAUUGAUUCAGCAGCUCAGGAACCAGGAGGCAUCCGCUGCGCAACAGACACGAAGCGAGCUAGCAUCGGUAUCUGAGAGCCUGCCGAUAACAGCAAGCAGCAAAUCAGAUGCGUUUACGUUUCUCUGUCUUUCUCUCACUGGAGCAGCAACCCCCAGUGCUGUACAGCAAUGGUUAGAGGGCAGAUUGGAGAAAUCCCACAAUGCGAGCUUGCGACCUAUUGGCUUCCGACGUUGUAUUCUUUUGCUUGACGACGUACACCUGCCCCCAACAGAGGAAUCAGGGGCUCAACCGGUAGGCGAGCUUGUUCGGCAGCUGCUCGAAUGCGGCGGAUGGAAUAAAGGGGCUGCGUGGAAGUUCCACCUUGUUGAAGGAUUGACACUAACAGCAACACGGCGUAUUUUACAGCAACAGCAGCAGCAUAAUGAGCGCUUGGCUAGGUACUUCUUCCCACUCACUGGUGUACCAUAUUCCACUGAGUCCCUACAGACGAUUUUGAACCAAUUACUGUUGAUUCGUUUCGAUAGCUGCUCGAUGGCGGUAGUAGAAGGGUUGAAAAAGGUGUCCGCACUAACUGCCCUUCUCUACAGACAGGUUCAGCAGCGGCUGCCUCUGAGGCCCUCUCGCUGGAUGCAACAGUGGAGUCCAAGGGACUGCUGGCGGGUUGCGCAAAGGCUUGCUUUUCUGAAUCCUGCUAGUCUUCAAUCCCAGCACCAACUGCUCUGUUGCUGGCUCCACGAGGUACGUAGAGUUUUUGAGGAUAGAACCGCCAAUGCACCGGACUUGGAUAUUCUCUCAGGAUCCAUCAGUGACAUUUUGAAAGAAACUACUGGUUUCACUCUUAUCGAUUUGGAUCCGCCCAAGCAAGGUCCACUACUGUUUGCAUUUCGAGAGCCUGAAGCUGGAGCCACAACCGGAGCAGGACAGGCAGCUGCAGAAGACUGUAUGUUGGGAUCACGAAUAUAUGAGCGCGUUACGCAAGUAGAAGCGCACCGCAUUUGCGCAGUUGCUCUUGAGCAAUAUUCUCUUUUUCAUCCGAACAAGCCGUUGUCUCUCGUUCUUUUUCCGCAAGCUAUUGAGCAUGCACUGAGAUGCAUGAACACAUUCCUCCAGCCACAGGGCCAUAUGCUGCUUCUAGGUGUUGGCGGGUCUGGGCGCCGCUCGUGCGCUCGCCUUGCAGCAUUCCUAGCAGGCUUAGCAGUAGUCGAACCUCACGGGGCGUCACAUCCUGUGGCAAUCAGUGAGUGGCAAGAAGACGUCAAAAGCACGAUUUUGGCUACCGGGAUUCUAAAGAAGCCUCAGCUCCUGCUGGUGUCGGCUGAGCAUCUGGCACAUGAUGAUGUUGCAGCAAACGUCUGCACCAUGCUGCAACUGAGGGAAAUACCCGAAGUAUUCACCCCCGAUGAGAAGGCAGAAGCUUUAAGUGCCUUGAGGGUUAAAGCUGCUACUGCCUCAGGAGCGAGCGGCAGCGGAGCAGUUCCUACGCAAAGCGGUGCCGACGGGGCGCUUGCUGGGACACCCAGCAUGGAACUCUUAGCAUCCGAGUGCCGCCAGCGACUUCGCAUUUGCGUGUAUUGCAGCCCUAGUGAUCCCCAGACUCAGGUUCUCUUCAGGAGGUUCCCAGCCCUCACUAGCUGCUGCAUGGUUAACUACUUUUGGAGUUGGUCAUCGCAGGCUCUGUACUCGGUUGCACAGCAGAAGCUGCAAUCGGUGUCUGCGGCGCUUCAACGGCAUGACAAUGCCUUACCAAGCAUACAAGAGAAAAUGGCAGAUGGCACUAAAGAAUCGCAGUUAUAUCCUUCUGCUGACUCCAAUGAAAACCUCAAGCAUCUUUGUGGGGCUUGCGCAGAUAUAUUUGAGUCAACAAAAAAUAUAGCUGACUGUUAUCGUGUAGAACAAAGACGGUUUUUCCACGUCACCCCGGCCUCUUUUCUUCGUUUCCUAGACGGGUUUUGUUAUGUAUUCAUGACAAGGGCUUCCCAGCACCAUCACAAACAGCAACAAUACGAGCUUGGUCUGCAAAAACUACACGACGUGAGCAUGCAGGUUAUGGAUAUGCAGCAGCAACUUGAAAAGCUCCAACCGGAGCUAGCAAAGUCAUCAAUGGAAACACAGCAGCUUAUGCAGGUCUUGACGGUCAAGCAGGAGCAUGCUGCAACUACCAUGAGCCUCGUGGAAGCAGAAGAAAGAGAGUGCAAGGCCCAAGCUGAUGCGGCUGCCGUAGUCGAACGCGAAUGCCAAGACCACCUAGCUGAAGCCAUGCCCGCAUUGUUGGCUGCCGAAGAGGCUCUUAAGAAGCUGAGCAAAGCAGAUAUUACUGAGCUCAAGAGCAUGAAGGCCCCCCCAUCUGGCGUUGUGAAGGUUAUGGAGGCCCUCUGCAAGCUCUUUGGAGUCCCGCCCAUUUUGGCUCAGGUUUCACCUUCGCAGCCCCGUCAGCCGGACUACUGGCAGACAGGAAAGAAACACUUGCUCGGAAGUAGCCGCUUCCUUCAGCGCCUGCUCAAUUUUGACAGAGAUACUAUACCCCCGAAUGUCAUGGCCGCCAUUGCCCCAUACGACCAAGAUGCGGACUUCGACCCAGAAAUCGUUAACAAAGCUUCUGUCGCAGCCACAAGCCUCUGCCUGUGGGUUAAAGCUCUAAUCGCUUAUGAUAGGGCGAACAAUGCAGUGCGGCCGCGUAGAGCAGCACUGCAGCAGGCGCAAAGUGAGUUGCAUGCAGCUGAGGCAGUGCUCCGCGAUAAGAAGGAGGAGCUUUUGCAGCUUGAAACCCUCAUCGCUCACCUGUCUCAGCAAUACCAGCAGGCUCUCCAGAGGUCAGAAUCACUUCAGCAAGAGGCACAGACUUGCGAGAGACGCUUGUCUGUGGCUGAGAAACUUAUUACUAGUCUAGGUGGUGAGCGCGUCCGGUGGAGCCAGAGCCACGAACUCUUAAAGGGUAAGGUAGCACGAGUCACGGGGGAUGCAACCUUGAGUGCUGCCUUCAUAGAAUUUGGCGGAAUAUUCCGGCCUUCAUAUAGAGUCAGAUGCCUCAAAGAAUGGCAAGAGGCAUUGAAGAAGUUCGGCCUGCAAAGCACGCCCAAUUAUUCCCUACAAGACGCUCUCACCAGUCCCCAGGAGGUCCAGCAAUGGCUUAUGCAAGGGCUGCCCGACGACGAGCUCUCUAUAGAAAAUGCGGCCAUUACACUGAAUGCACAGUGCUGUCCUAUGCUAAUCGAUCCACACCAGCAAGCGGCUAACUGGUUAGCCUACACUUUCCCUGAGAUGAAGGUCCUCCGAGCUGAGGAGCCUAAUCUUUUUAGGUCAUUGCAGCUCCUCACGCAGUGCGGCGCUACAGUGAUUUUAGAGUGUUUUUCUGAGCGGCUGGACCCUUCGCUAAACAACUUACUAGAGUGGAAACGGCCGCGGAAUGUUUUGUCAUCCUUUGGAGUCUCUGGUUCCUUUGAGGCUGCCCACACUGAGUUGCAGGCGGGCAGCUCUUCCAGUGUUGCUCUCGGCAGUGCGCUUGUCGAGGUGCACCCCGAAUUUCGCUUGUUGUUAAAGACUCCACUAAAUGCGCCCCACUUCCCUCCGGAAGUCUGCUCUAGGCUUACUCUCAUUGAUUUUUCUGUUGGAUGCAAAGGUCUAGAGCAAAGGCUGCUGCGACUUGCGCUUCAAGCUGCUGCCCCAGAUAUUCAUGCAACUUGUUUGCGCCUUGUUCACGAGGGUGCGGAAACGCGUGCGCAGCUUGUAUCUGCUGAGCAGCGCAUGCUUGAAGCCCUAAGCAACGCGAAAGAGAGCGUCCUUGAUGACUUAGAUUUACUAAGUACGUUGCGCCAUGCAAAGGCUGUCUCCGAAAGCUGCAGUGAAAGGCUUCAAGAGCAACAGAAAGCCCAGGCUGCUGCCGAUGCAACCCUGUCGCUGUACUCCCCUGUUGCCCGGCGGGCAGCUAGCCUCUUCCAAGUGUUACAGCAGCUCGAGAGCGCUCACCCCAUGUACCUCUUCAGCGUACAAAUCUUCCAACAGUGUUUCGUCGACGCUGUUUUGGAAGUCCUCGGGAGACCGGAUGCGGGAGCAACGCAGCAAGAUGCUUCCCUCUACACAUCUGAGUUAAUCGCUGCGACGUUGCGGAGAGUAUACCGCAGCAUUAACCCUUGUCUCUUCGAGAAUCACAAGCCUCUACUGCCAGUACUCCUUGCGUUACAAUCCCUCCAACUGCGAGGGGCAGCCACACACGAGGAACUGCAGCAGUUACAAGCACCAUUGGUUCUUCCCUGUAUCAAGGAUGGGAGCGCACACAAAAGCAAAGAGUCCCCUUCAGCAGCACCCAGAGCCGAAGAAGCCUCAUGGCUGUCAACAAGCACUCGUGAAAAGCUCGCGGGUCUUCGUCGCCUCGGAGAGCCAUUCAGCUCUCUCGUCUCCUCAGUGUUGGAAGGCCGCGAUGAUUGGGAAGCGGCUUUAUAUGAGGAGAACCCUUUAGCUAGCGACUGGCCUGAUGAUCCUCAAGCAGCCCUUUUGCAACAUGCCGAAGCAACGCACAUGCGUAACAAAUUCGUUUCAGUUGCUAUGGGUAAAGGGCAAGGGCCGAAAGCAGCCACCGCGAUCAGCAGUGGUGCGGAGAGCGGCCAGUGGGUGCUUCUCCAAAAUUGCCACCUUGGGCUAGGCUUCCUGAAGCAGCUGAGUGUCAUAGUGUCUGACUUGGCAAUGCAAACUCCACAUAAGGAUUUUCGGCUGAUCCUGACUACUGUCCCGUGCGAUGACUUCCCCAGCGCCAUCCUUCUUAGAAGUUUGAAACUGGCCUAUGAACCUCCUCAAGGGUUGCGACAGAACUUAAUCCGCAUAUACAGCGAAGCUUUCCCCACUUGGGUGCAACUGCAAGCUGCUGUUCCGGCAGAUGGCUUGCAAGCCCUACCUUGGAGCCUUUUACAGCACCUUGUAUCAGAAGUGAAUUAUGGGGGCAGAGUGACGGAUGAAUGGGACCGGAGGCUGCUCUACCACUUGUGUCGGGAAGGGCUUACGGAGGAAAGUUUGAAAAAAGAAGCUAGCCAGUCGCUCUUCGGGCCAUUCAUGUCCCCCUCUCCCAGCCUUACAUGCGCUGAAACUAUUGCGCACAUCAAGACCCUUCCUGCCGAAGAGGAACCAGAGGCGAGUCUGCCAUUACUCUUCGGUCUACAAGCCAAUGCUGCAGUCGCCGUUGCAACGGCUGAGUCUUCAGCAAUGCAGCGCCUUCUGAUGCGCGUUCAACAGCAGCAGGUUGCAACGCCUAGCUCGGGGCCUACUGUCCCUGUGGGAGGGAACAGCAACGAGUAUAUGGAGCGAGCGGUGUCGCUGAUGGCCCAACUGCCCCAGUUGUUCAAUAUAGAGGAGGUGAUCUCUUCGCGGGUGAAACCUUAUGAGAAUGCAUUGGAUACGGCUUUACUCCAGGAGCUGGCACGUUACAAUGCGCUUAUCACCAUAACGCGGAAGAGUUUCCAAGUUGUUCAGGAUGCAGCUGAAGGAGUCAUUGAAUAUACACCAGAAGUUGAAGAGAUGUACCAGUGCCUCAGGCAAAACCGUUUGCCACAGGCAGUCGUAGCAGCAAGCUACCCCAUGGCGUUUGGACUGGCUGCUUGGAUGACCAAUCUCAGGCGACGUGUUGAUUUUAUGGCUUUGUGGCUACGGGGCCAGCCUCCACAACCGUUCUGGCUCCCUGGCUGUUUUAGCCCUCGAAGCGUUUGCACAGCCAUGCUACAGCAGUACGCGAGACGUCAAUGCCUGAAAAUUGAUUCGGUAGGGUUUACCUUCCACGUUCUGGAUGAUGACGAAGACGAUGGAACGCCUCAGCUGUCUUCGAACACCCAGCAAAGUGGAAGUGAACCUGCGCCAGGUUUUGCACAUGACAUAUCAGGCCUUUUCCUGCAUGGGGCCAGCUGGUCUCCAGAAGAAAAGGUGAGGAUUUUCCUAAGAGAAUGGAGCCAACCUUAA